CGUCGCCGUGUCGCCCGGCGGUCAGAGGAACCCGGUGGCGUCGACCCACAGCGUCUCCAACGCCACCACGCCCGACCGCCUCCGCUUCCCCCGGGGCACGGCGAGCCGCAGCACCUUCCACGGUGGGCAGCUGAGAGACCGCCGCACCGCCACCUACAACGGACCGCCCGCCUCCCCCACCCUUUCCCACGACGCCACGCCCCUCUCCCAGACCCGCAGCCGUGGAACCAGCAACCUGUUCUCCAAACUGACCUCCAAACUGACCCGCAGAUUAUUCAGAUAAAACUACACAAAAACAAAACGUUUGUGGACUCCUGGUCCUGGUGGAUCUGGUCCUUCUUCCCCUCAUAAAGACUCUAAACCUGGUUCUGGCUGAUUCUGCUUACGGGUCACUGGAUCCAGUUUAAACCGGUUCUAACCAGGUUGGUUGUGUUCUGGUUGUGAAGCUGGACUCUUUAAUCCAGAUUUGAAUCUGAUGUGUGUGUAAACGCUCUGAGCCUGGUUCACUAACCCACCUUCAUCGCAUGUCUUCCUCACUUCCUGCAGCUGCUUUGUUUUUUUUACCUCACUUCUAAAAAAAACAAAACUUUUUCUUCACUUUAUUUUUCACAACAAAAACUCACUUUUUUUCUCU